UUAUGAUAAUAUAUAUAUAUAAAAUAAUGACACCAUAUAUCAAUUGACUUUGACCAUUUCGUGGUAGUAUAAAACAUGCUUCAUCAUAAUUUGUUUCUCGGCAAAAUUUAUUAAAAGUCAAAUAAUUGUCAGCCUCAUUUUUUGAAAUAAAAAUGGCGAAUUGACAUUGCAAAGAUUAUGGAAGUCAUACAACUGAGAGUUCAUUCAGCUUAAGUAUUAAGUAGAAUACAGAUGGUUUGAAAUAAAGAUAAACUUAAAGAUAUGUACGUGACAAAGAUAUGAUCAAUGUUAAUUUAAAAAAUUGUUUAUUUAGCAUGCCAUAGUGUAAUGUUGUGAUGUAUAGGUUUUCUAACCACAUUUACAAGCGUGGAUUUUAAUUAUUUCGUUCAAGUGUGGUAAUAUCAAAAUGAUUUUUUAAUAUUGUUAUUAUUUCAGGACAUAUUUACAUUAGAGAACGCCACCAAUUUUAUCAUUUCAAUCUAUAAAAUUUACUUGAAGUUGUAAUUAUGUAAAGUAGCAAUAAUGUAUAUAUUGUGUCAGAUAAGGAAUUCCUGUCGUUAUAAAUUCGCAAUUAACCAAUGAUUAUAUCCGCAAAGUGGCCGCAACGCACAUGUCCCUGAAACGCACGCGUUACAUUGAAACAGCAUGAAAAACGUUUUAUAUUUGCGUUAUCCGCAGUCUGUGUCAUGUUCAUGAAAGCUCAGAAAUUCUGGAGGUAUAUAACAAUCAAUAUCUGAUUAAAAGAAGCAUUGUAGAAGUAGAUGCCAAUAUCACGGAAGCCAAUGAGUAUAUAUGUGGUGCACUUAUCACACUGUUCAGUGGGGCGCUCACCGUGUAUGUGACACGAAUAUACCGCUCACAAUUCCAGCUUUGAAUGAUUAUCAAAACAGCAAAAAAACUACGGCAGAAGUGAAGAAAGCAAUAUUGGACAUUGGAAGCUGCAGUAACAUUUUCAAGUCAGUGCGAAAAACUUGGAAAGCUUUUUUAGGGAAGAGAAGAUACGAGAUGCACAUCCGAUCCUCAACGUGGCAAAGAACAAAUGGUACAAGGACAACUGCUCGCUUUCCCAUACGUCAUCUAGCACGAAGAUAUUCUCGUGAAGAUAUACAUGACAUUGAUCUCGUUAUUUCUCGCUCUGGGAGAGCGGAUAUUGAAACAUAUGGGAGGUACAAAGUAACUCUAUAUUUCUCACUAACCUCGAGCUCUGAUGAUAAGGUCAUCAUUCAUCAAAGUGUUCAGGCCACUUGCCCGUCGGGAGGACGAAAACGUUACUUUGUGGUUGGUUUGAAUGAAAAUGGCAGAAGAAUCGUCUCAGAUUGGUUUAUGCGGGAAAAUGAUGAGAUUGAGUUUGACGUCGAAGUAUUGCCGCAAAAACAAAUUCGGCAAGGUGGUCUUCAACGAAAUGUUACAUACCAUGAAAGUGAAUUUGACGUCGAAAUACAAGUUUCAGCAAUAGUUUCCCACUUGGAAAGCAAAACAGACAUUUUGCCACUACCAACUAAACUCAUCGAUCGCUCCGAGAAAAGAGGACGGAUUGAUCCGAUUCACGAAAGGCACAAACGGUCGAUAGCAGGAAAAGAAGAAAAUUGUCACCGGGAACAUUUUUUUGUCAACUACAGGAUAAACCAGGUUGUGGUAAGGCCGCUAGAGUUUGACCUUGGAGAAUGUGUCGGGAGUUGCAAACAAGUUUUUUUCAUGGAUCUCAACGCAACAAAUCACGCAUUGAGCAUGCAAUCGGAAAAACGAUACAAACGAAGGGGCUCUACAAAUCCUAUUCCAACUGUAUGCUGCGUGCCGAUAUCUUUCAGAAGAUUCCACUACGUGAAACUAGAUGAACGGGGCUCUCUGAUGAGUUCUUAUGUUGACAACAUGGUUUCGGAAUACUGCGGUUGUCGAUGAUUUUGUAAAUAUGUGCCAAGAUGAAUAUUUUUAACUGGGCAUUCGACACCGACGAUGUACACUUUGAAGCAAGCUUUUCUAGCUGGUUGAAUCCAAAACAAAGUGUUACGUUGAUUUGCACGCUCACCACAUUCCUAUGUUAAAACUCUGGCUUUGUGCCUCUGAGCUUCUAUGAUGUUCAUUAAAUGUAAAAAAUUGUAAAAACUA